AUGACUUCGUAUGUGCCACAGGGUCUGUCACCUACUCAGGUAGGGGCCCAGUUUCAGACGAUGGGAACUCAGGAGCCCCAGGAGUUCAGCCUUUACGGUGACAGUUUCUACAGUCCGCCACCUCUGCCAAGCCCGCAGCAGACCUUACCACCUACCUAUGACCUGGGAGACUACGCCGGCGCAACUGCUAACCCGUACCUGUGGUUCAACAGCUCGGGGAUGAAUGGUAUGCCUUACUUAGGAGGAGCCCCAAGGACACCAAAUGAUCCAUUUGCGUCCCAACACUACGGCAUGCCGAGGCCAUAUCUGGGCCCAGGUGCCAGUGGAGGGGACCUGAGCUGGUUUUCUCUGCCAUCUCAGGAGGACCUAAUGAAGCUGGUUAGGCCACCAUACUCCUACUCUGCCCUUAUUGCCAUGGCCAUUCAUGGCGCCCCAAACCGUCGCCUGACUCUCAGCCAAAUAUAUCAGUAUGUGGCUGACAACUUUCCAUUUUAUAAUAAAAGCAAGGCUGGCUGGCAGAACUCAAUACGACACAAUCUUUCACUCAACGAUUGCUUCAAGAAGAUGCCCCGUGAUGAUGAUGACCCAGGCAAGGGGAACUAUUGGACCUUGGAUCCAAAUUGUGAAAAGAUGUUUGACAAUGGCAACUUCAGGAGAAAGAGGAAGAGGAAGUCUGACUCCCUGAUGAGUGAAGGGGAGAAUGGCAGCUCUGCUGGCCCGACCUCUGCAGAGUCCAGCCCCAAAGGCCACUUGGCCGAGGCCCACAGCCCCUCAGACCGGGGCUCCACUCCAGACUCUGUGGGCCCCUCCCCCUGCCUGAAGAGCUUCCUGACCCAGAUGACGGAGGCGUCAUCGAGUGCAGGUACGUUAGGUGUGGACACGGUGCUCCGCCCCUUGCCCUUGGGUUUGCCGCUCGAAGGCUCUCAAAGGGCCUCUCCGGCCGAGGGCUUCAGCUCGUACUCCCCCAACGCAACAGUCCCACAGUGGGAGGCCCAGAUCCCUCCGCCAACCGCCCUCUCUUCCUCCCCGUCACACUUCUCAGGAGUCUACACCGACUCCCUUCUCAGCCACUUCGCCGGCAGCGCCUAUCAAGGCAUGGAGACGAGCGGACUGGUGUACCCACGGGAAGGGACAGAGGUCUGA